UUUUUCUUCGUUUUUACUUUUCUUUUUCAUAAAUAAGAAAAGAAAAAAAAAAUGUCUUUUUUUAAAAAACUCUUUUUCUUAUUAAUUGCCGUGAAUGCGGCUUUCCUUGGUUAUGAUUAUUAUCAAGGAGGACAAAUUGCCUUUAACUUGGUAGAAAACGCCAAACAACUCAAUAAGGACCAAUUACACCAUUACGUAAAUGAACUUAAAUCAAUCACACCUGAAAAGAUUGCAGGACAAGUUAAUAAUGCCUUUGCUCAACUUCAGAAUGUCAAUUCAUUGAGUGACAUUCUUGAAUUGGUUCGCGAAAAGACUUCACCUAUUCUUAAAUCUUCCAACACUGUUGAACAUGACGGUAACGUUCUUGUCUUGACAGAUGCUAACUUUAAGCAACUCAUCGAUGGUUCCAAGCCUGCUCUUGUUGAAUUUUAUGCCCCCUGGUGUGGUCACUGCAAGAAUUUAGCUCCCAUCUAUAGUCAAUUGGCUGAUGCUUUUGCUCAUCAAAAGGAAAACGUGAUUAUUGCCAAAUUAGAUGCUGAUCAACAUCGUGAAACAGGUUCUGCUUAUGGUAUUCAAGGUUUCCCUACUUUGAAAUGGUUUCCCAAGGGUGUUCAUUCUCCUGAAGGUGUUGAAGAUUAUAAAGGUGCUCGUGAUUUAAACAGUUUAGCUUCUUUUGUUCAACAAAAGUCUGGAAUUGCUCCCCGUAUUAGAGCUCAAAAAUCAAACGUAGUUGAAUUGAAUUCAAAGAAUUUCCAUGAAAUCGUUUUUAAUCCUAAAAAGCACGUUUUUGUUGAGUUUUAUGCUUCUUGGUGUGGACAUUGUAAAAACCUUGCUCCUAUUUGGGAAAGACUUGGUCAUGCCUUUGCUAAUGAACCCAAUGUUGUCAUUGCAAAGAUUAAUGCUGCAGAUGAAGCAGAUAUUGGACAAGAGUUUGAUAUUGAAGGUUAUCCUACUAUCAAAUUAUUCCCUGCUGGUGAAAGUACACCUUUUGCUUAUUCUGGUGCUCGUUCUGAAGCUGCUUUUAUUAGCUUCCUUAACGAACAUACUGGUACUAAGCGUAAAGUAGGAGGUGGAUUGGAAUCAGAUGCGGGCCGUAUUCCUGAAUUAGAUGAAUUGGCUAUUCGUUUCAUGACACAUCAAAAGGAAAAACGUGAGGAAAUCCAAAAGGAAGCUCAACAAUUUGCAAAGGAAUUAGGUACUCGUUAUGCUAACUAUUAUGCUAAAAUCAUGGAAAAGAUGCUUGUGAAUGGCGAUAAGUUCCUUGAUACUGAAAAGCAACGUCUUUCCAAGAUUCUCAAGUCAGAUGAUGUCUCUUCUUCCAAGUUGGAUGAUUUUAAUAUUCGUCAAAAUAUUUUAGCAAGUUUUGAUAAGAAGGCAACUCCUGUUGCUGUUUAAGCAUAAUAUCUUAAUGUAUUAUUUCCUCUCUCUCUCUCUUUCUUUAUAUAAAAAUAAAGCAUCUUUUGUUUUAUGUGUAAAAAAA